AUGUGGCUGGUCUCAGACGAUCCCGCAGGUGGCGAAGCCGAUCUAGAGGUCCUGGGCUGGCGUGGUUACAUGUGGUCUGUGGUUGAGGCCGAGACCCGACGGUGGGGUUCCAGGACAACAACCUCUCCUUCAAUGCCAACAAAGGAGCUGACGGUGGGGUACCAGGACAACAACCUCUCCUUCAACGUCAGCAAGACAAAGGAGCUGACGGGGUACCAGGACAACAACCUCUCCUUCAACGUCAACAAAGGAGCUGACGGUGGACUACAGGAAACACAGGGCCGAGCCACGCCCCCGUUCACAUCGAUGGGGCUGCUCGUCUUCGGGACCCUGUAUCCUGCAUACUAUUCCUACAAAGCAGUGAAAACCAAAAAUGUCAAGGAAUAUGUCCGUUGGAUGAUGUACUGGAUUGUGUUUGCUCUCUACACCGUAGUGGAGACAAUCACAGACCUCACUGUAGCCUGGUUCCCCCUGUACUAUGAGAUUAAGAUCGCAUUUGUUAUCUGGUUGCUGUCUCCCUACACCAGAGGAGCUAGUCUCAUCUACAGGAAGUGUCUCCAUCCUCUACUGUCCUCAAGAGAGAGGGAGAUAGAUGAGUACAUUGUCCAGGCCAAGGAGCGCAGCUACGAGACCAUGGUGACCUUCGGCAAGCAGGGCCUAAGUAUAGCUGCUACUGCAGCUGUCUCCGCAGCUGUCAAGGCAAGGCCAGGGGCGAUCACAGAGAAGCUGAGGAGCUUCAGUAUGCACGACCUGACUCAGAUACCCCUCGACGACGCAGCAGCCAAUCAGAUCUAUACGGCCCAUGCCGGCAACCCUGCCGUGAGCAGGAGGGCGCUCGCCGCAAACUCGACCGACAGAACAGAGUACCCCGUCUAUGAUCAGGAGGACAGGACAGACGAGGAGGGGGAACAACUUUUCUCAGAGGACGAGGCCGUCACCCAGAGAGGUCUGAGGAGGUCCCAGAGUGUCAAGAUCGUGCGCUCUAAAGCCCGCAAAGAUGCCCGUUAUGGAUCUCUGAAGAUCAAAGGGAAGCGGAGGCCGGUUCUGACUGCUGCGACCUACAGUGCCAUGUAAUGUCCAGGAGACGUGACUGCUGGCUGGUGCCAUGGAUGGGUUUCCUUCUGUAGUGCUCUACUGUUGACCAGAGCACGGUGGGUCCUGGCUAAAAGUAGCCAACAGUAGUGCAUUAUGGCCAACAGUAGUGCAUUAUGGGCCCUGGCCAACAGUAGUGCGUUAUGGGCCCUGGCCAACAGUAGUGCAUUAUGGGCCCUGGCCAACAGUAGUGCAUUAUGGGCCCUGGCCAACAGUAGUGCACUAGAAUGGGAAUAGGCUUUUGGGACGGACCAGGAAAUCAGUCAACAAUUCAGGAAGGACGACUGACGGCUCCAACAUCCAUAUCAGUGACUCGCACGGACAUGUUUGGCUGUCCAUUCCGUGGAGAACGAUGCUGUGGAACUGUUCUCCUGGGCCUUUAAAACUGUCCUGGGGUCUAAUUCUAUUCACGCUGGGAGCGUCUGUCUUUUUAAAACUGUCCUGGGGUCUAAUUCUAUUCACGCUGGGAGCGUCUGUCUUUUUAAAACUGUCCUGGGGUCUAAUUCUAUUCACGCUGGGAGCGUCUGUCUUUUUUUUAAAUGAACCAUCAACUCCCUAUAUUUAUUACGUUAUUGUGACUGUGUGUGUCUGUAAAACAUCGUACAGCGGUAGCUGUACAGAAAGAAUCUUAAAGGUCUUUUAGUCACAAGUCUUUUUGUUGCAUGGGUCUUAUUUUCUGGGGUGGUCGUUUUAAUGUUCGGAUGUGGACUUUUAGGAUCUUGGCUUUAUUUUGUUGAGGGGUUAUAUAAUUCAUUUAUCUUCAAUUUGUCAUAUAUGCUGCCCUGUAUUUUGAGUUUAGCCUAUUUAAAUAGUAGAAUACAUUUAUAAUAGUGAUCAUUCUGGCACACUUAAAAAGAUUGUUACCAAGUAACAGCUGACCAAAAGUGUCCCUUAAUCCUUCCGGAGGAAUAAACCAAUGAUGAGAGAAAGGAACAGAGAAGCCUGUUAGAUGUGUCCCAAAUGGCAUCAUUCCCUAUACAGGGCACUACCCAAUGGGCCCUGCUCUAAAGUAGUGCACUACGUAGGGAAUAGGGUGCCAUUAGGGAUGCAAACCCAAUGUUGAUGUAUGUUUGAAUGACUGUAUUUCCUGUUUUAGAUUUUGGAACAAAGCUUUUUUUUUUCUCAUAACCAAUGUUUUUUGCACCCUCUCUUCCAAAACGAUGUCCUUUUGUAAGGCUUUGAUGUCAUCUGUUUCAGAAUGUGUCCUGCUGCAUUCUGGGAUGCUUUUAACCAUGUGAUGAAAUCUAUUUAAUACCAAAGCUUUAUCUACUAAACCAGUGACCUCGGUCUGAUUCGUGUGGGAAUGUAUCAUAGAGGUGUUGUAAAUAAAUUUAUACAUUCAAAAA